GUGUUAUCUCUUAUGAGACAGAUUGUGUUGAUAUCCUGGAAUGAGAGCGCCUGAUUACAGGUCUGCAGCGAAAAGUGGAUAGUAAAAAACCAUGAAUGGCGGGGAGAAGGUGGCGGAGAUAGCGACUGGCGGACUCUAGCUGGUGGCGGGGCGAGUGAGCGCGUCGCGUGCCGACGCCUCAGAAGUGGUGUGUCUGUGAAGGUGAGGAGACGCGCGGCUUGGCUGGCUGGUGUGUGUGCUUCACUCGCUGCCCACGGCUUCGCACUCUCGUCUGUAUCUUGUCAUGGACUCUGUGCGUGGGCGCGCCACCAGUGACCUGCCGUCCUGGGUGUAGGUAGUGGCGAGGGCAUGUACUAGUGCUGUGUGUGGAGUGUUGUGCUGUGCCCGGUGCUUGCGCGAUGCUGGGGCACACCGGGAUGCCUCGCGUCGGCCACUCAGUGACCUGGUCAGACCGGGAGGUGAGCGUCCUGUCGCCACCUGUACCGCACAUUCUUGUGAACGUGGAGGGCUCGGCUCUGUCGCGCCUGGACCGAUACUUUGACCCUCAGCCUCCCCCGCGGCCCGAGAAACCCGUGGGUCUGCUGCCCAAGCCCUCCCCUGCCAAGGCGACCACGCAAGCCACGCCGGUGGGCGGGCCGCCGCCCCUCAUCGACGGGGCGGCCUGCAAGACAUCGACAUGGACCUACAAGCAGGUGACCACGGCCAGGAACUCUGGCGUGUCGGACAGCGAGAAGGGCGUGCGGUUCCGGCCGGAGCGGCGGGAGCGGCGGCCCGUGCAGAAGCUGCAGUGGCGGGACAGCGCCUGGUCCCGCGGGUUUACCACUGGGAAGGACGACUACCUAGAUCUGGACAUGCGCAUCACAGCUUCCCCCUCUAGCGAGGGCUCCUCCCGCCACGCCAUCAAGCGCAUCCUGCUGCUGACGGAGAACUACCAGUACCGCGACGCCGCCGCCUUCAUCCACCGCCUACCCUCUGCCACCUUCAAGGUGAUCGUGGACGAGCUGCCCAUCGACGUGCUGGUGGACGCCAUGCCGCACUCGCUGCCCAUCCUGGAGGCGCUGUACUGUAAGGUGAGCGACACCGCCCCCGCCGUCACGGGCUGCACUCGCAUCCUGCGCCCCGAGGCCGUGGUGUGGCAGAUGGUGCGCUUCUUCGCCCAGCAGGAGGAGUGCCUCACGGGGGACAUCCGCUGGGAGUUCUGCGGCCCCUUCGUCACCUCCUGCAAGAAGGUGCUGCGUGUCAUAGCGCGCUCUGAGCCCAAGAUUCGCAAGACGCUGCAGCAGCGGCGGAAGCAGCUGGAGAAGGCCAUCGAGGGCAUGGGGCACCACGGCCUGGUGGGCACCUCGGACGAGUCACUGCAGAGCCUUCACGAUGCCCUCAAGCUGGAGUUCGAGAAGGUGGUGAAGUCGUACACCCAGGCGCUGGAGAAGCUGGAGGAGCUGAGUCUGAGCAACAAGACGUCUCUGCAGCGCAGCAUCAGCCACGGGCCGGCGCCCAUCCAGGCGUCGCACCAGCGGCAGCUGUCCAUCACGCAGGAGGAGGUACAGCAGCGGCUCAUCAAGAACAAGACACUGCUCAACGUGGUGGAGCCCACGCUCAACAACCACUCCCUGGACGUGCUGCUCGGCAUCCUGCAGCGCCGCAUCGAGUACGACAAGGAGUCGCUCUUCCAGUUCACACAGCUGCGCAAGGAAGCCAAGGAGGUGGAUGGCAACGCCGUCAUCGCGCCCAUCCUCAUGCGCUACACGCACGGCUGUCAGCAGGUGCUCGAGAUGCUGAAGGAGGCGGUGGAAGAGGACGGCGGGCACCAGAUUCCUGAGGAGGACGAGGGCAGCGACGUGAGCGGCUACCACAGCGACUCAGACUCAGCCAUCAUGAUGUCUGGCAAUUCUCCGUACGUCAGCAAGCACGCCAGGUUCAACUUCCUCACCAGAUCAGUGCGUGACAGGAGUCGUGUGGGGGUGAGGAGCGCCUUGCCCUUCACCACGGUGCCGCCCUGCUCCUCCUCCUCCGGUGUCUCCUCAGGCUCCUCGGACACGCAGAGCCAGGGCAGCGGCGGCGGGGAUUCCAAGAGUGACUCCCCAACUCCUGAAGGAACAAGGAAGAACGGCGAGGUGGGAUCUGCAGGAGUCGCUGGUGUGAGUGUGCGCUGCGGCAAAGGACACGAGCUCUCAGUCCCUGCAGCUCGCGCCUCUGCUCCCUCCGGCGUGCGGGAGUCGGCGGCCCUGCGUCAGGAGGUGGAGACUCUGCGGGCGGAGAUCACCAAGGCCCGCCAGACAAUUCUUCACAUGCAGGAGAGGGAGAAGAAACUGAAAGAUAGGCUGGGUGACCGUGCAGCGAGGGGGGUGGAGCGAGGCAACACGCGGCUGGAGAACGUGAACUUGGGAGAGCGGCGCCCCACAGCACUAGUGAGGAAGUAUGGCAAUCUGUAUGCUCAGGCCAGAGUGGAUACGCUGGACGCCUUAGAUGCUCUGCCGGACCUCAAGAACGCGGAAGAGCUCAAGUCCAAGUUGCUUUUCAGUGUUGUGGUGCUUGCCUUCCGCUCCGCCUCCUCUUCGGCUCAGGCACUGCGAGAGGAAGUGCGCCGUAUCCUGCAGGUCCCCCCGCCUCCACCCACAGGAGAAGCCAAGGACACUCACCUCCUGUACGACACCAACGCCUUUUCUCUUGAGCAGUCUGUGUCCGCCUUCGUCACCGCCAACAUUGAGAAGCGGGAUCUGUCCAAGAAUGUAGAGGAGGUGUGCCAGCAGAUCUGGGCCACGCUGUAUGACUACCCGAGCCUCAAGAACUGCGAGGGGCUGCUGCAGUACGUGAAGGACUGCGUCAGACUCGCCUGGGGCCUCAGCAACCAGGUGCCGCCCUACGUGAUUGACUACGAGACGCGCACAUACAGGAAGGAUUACCAUGUCCGCUUCCACGUGGCUGACCCAGAGUGUGACGCCAUCAAGACCUACCUGUGGCCCGCGCUACUCGAAGGUCCCGGCGGUCCCUGUGUGCAGAAGGGCGUCGUGAUUACGUAGACGUGUGUGCCGCGCCUGUUGUCUCUCUUGUAAAGGUGUGUUCUUCUGCUGGCUGUUGCUGUACAUACCCUCGACGCAGGUACGCACCACCAGGCCACGAGUACCGCGCUUCUGUACCUCUUUGCUGACGGUGCACCAAGAUACACGCACAGAAACCCAGCAGAGAGGGAACUGUAUGUGAGCUUCGUUGCAAAAGACUUCAUGCUGUUGUGUAAAUUGAAAGCACGUGAAAGUCUGGACAAUCUUGCCUUGAAAACUGUACCAAGUUGCUUCCCACUCGUGUCUUACCUUGAGGAUCUUAGUGGUAAAGGUGAUCACAGUUCUGCCUUCAUAAUUGUGAGGGACUCGUUCACCUGUGUCUUGCCUUCAUUAAGUGUGGAGUGUUAAACGCGGUCGCAGUCUUUAAAGUUCAUGUGUCUUAUGUUUAAUGAUAGUAGUAAGGUAUGAACAGUCUUACCUUCAUUAUUAUGGGAAGUGUCUACCUGUGUCUUACCUUUAUAAGUGAAUAAGGGUAAGGUGUUAACAUUCUUACCUUGUUAAAUGUGGAAUUGUUUACCUGUCUUACCUUUAAUGUAUAUAGAUAAGGUGUCAACAGUCUCACUUGAUAAUUAUGGGAAAGUUUACCUGUGUGUCUUACCUUUAAAAUUGUACAGUGGUGAGAUAUCAGCAGCCUUACCUUGAUGAUUAUGACAGAAUGUUUACUUGUGUCUUCCCUGUAAAAGAAAAUGUAGCGUUAGACGUGCACUGCGCCUCCUCAACACACAAACACUACAAACCAUCGCCACUUACAACGACAAAAAGAAUGAGUUUUUUUUCUUUUACGUUUAAAAAUAACGUCAAUAUUUCCUAUACAUUUAAUAAUUCCAGGUGUUUAUGAGCACACCUGUGUAACCGUUAAUGACGAAAUGAGCUGUAAUUGGCAGCACUUGCGACACUUUGAAGCAACUGGGACACAUUACCUGGCAUAAGUAUAUAAUCAAACGCACUCAAGUCACCCCCAUAUUUUACUAAUCAUUUGCUCUCCACAGCGGAUCAUGACACUCAUACACACUUAUACACACUUAUACACACUUACAUAGAGUCACACCUCAUACCCUGACACACUCCUGGCAGUACAUAGGCGCACGCAAGCACGCACGCAAAGUAAAACUAUCAGUUCCCAGCAAAAAGAGAACAAAAACAGCUCACUUCUUUUGUACAUAUCACCAGAGGGUCUUUAGCUAGAGAGAAUGUAUUUUAUGUAUCAUUUCUGUAUGUAUAACUACGUAUGUGUUAGGUGUACAAAGUGUAUAAGGUGAAGGAUUGGUACAGGUUUAAAGCGAGUGUCAUGCAGUGAAGGUUAUGAGUCAAGUGGCAAUGUUCUUCUCUGUGUUUUGUGUUUCCCUCUAAAAUGUAACUCCCAUGACUCACCGACAGCCUAGGAAGUGUGAUGAACGGAGUAAAUUGUGGAGAGAAAGCGGAGUAGAGUGUGCUUUUUUUGUGUCUUUCCCGCGAGCUUAAGUUCUGUGAUUUGCUGUCAGAAUAAAGAAAAAAUGAAAUAGAAUGAAUGGAGUAUAUUGUGGAGAGAAAAUGGAAUCGAGAAAUAAUAAUGAAGAUAAAAAGUAAAAAUGCGAUGAAUUUUCUCGUUUUGGUGAAUUUUUAAGCUUAACUUCUAUGAUUCGCUGUCAGGAUAAGAAAAGAAAAGUUGAAUGAACGGAAUAGACUGCGGAGAGAAAAAUGAAGUAAAGAAAAUUAAAGAGCAAAAUAAAAGUGCAACGAAUUUUCUUGUCUUUAGCUACCUGAUAGAUUUCCAACAGAGUCAAGCUUGAAGGGAAACGCAAAGGACAGUAAAAAUUAAUAUUUGACUCGACUCUUAAACUUUCGAACUUACCUGCGCUUACCUGUCCCAUGUGUCAGGUAAGGCAAUUAAGGCACACUUGGCUGGUUAUUUGUAAGUUAUAGUCGGUUUGUGUGUAUAUAUUUAUGCGUCCUUUUAUACUUUUGGUGUGUGAGUAGCAGAGAGUGGCGGCGGCUCCCUGUGCAGUGUUCAGGGAGCGAGUCGUUUCCUUAGUGUUCGUGUGUUCGUGUGUUCAAGUCAGUGCGUCGGGGUAUUAGCGAGAAGAAAAGUUACAUGUGUCUUAAAUUUGUAAGUGUAGUGUAUUAUGAUAAAAAAUAAUGUUUGGGUGUUUAAAUUAGGUAGCGAAUGACUGAUUGACUAAUUGGUUGGUUCAAUGACUGGUUUAAGGCGCCACAGAAUCCAGGCCACACGGCGCCAUCAUUAGGCAGCGAACACCUCCCCACUGGCCCCGUGAAGCAGCUCGCGUGUACCUCUCCCGAUCACUGCAAGUACAAAAUUUGGAGAACAGCUUGUUUUGAUCAUUCUAUUCGACUCCGGCAAAAAUGUCACGGUAGGAGUACAGUAAUUGUUUGAAUGAAAAUACUAAACUCAAACAAUUGCCUAACUCCUUGAACCAUGUCACUGAAGAAAUACAGGUGUUGGAGUGAAAAAAAAGGAGAUAUCACAUAAACUCGGACGUCGCCUUAUCCUUAUACAAAUGUCAAUAAGAAAUACAAUUGCUGAAAUAAACAAAAUCAAAAUCAAAACGAACAAAAAAAAUUACUUACCCCAGAAAAAAAAAUCAGCAAAGGAAUACAAUUACUUGAGAAAAUUAUCUCGUAUUUCGAUAACAGAUUCUUACACUUGCAAUUUCUCCCUGUUAACUUCUCACCACUGACACUUGCAUCCAUUAACUGUCUAGCCUUCCCUCUACAGCUUGACUCCCCCGCCCCUCCACACGCCGCGGCUGUCUAUAUAGAGAUACCGCCAAGGUGUUUUCAGCAUAUUCUGAGUGAAUAUACGAGACAGAAACACCGACUUUGAUGCGCAGUGAAGUAUAGGACACGAGUUUACGACCCACGAUUCUGCGCCGGAACCCUCGCGUGACGGAAAGCGAGGGCGACACCUGGCGAGAGAGAGAGAGAGAGAGAGAGAGAGAGAGAGAGAGAGAGAGAGAGAGAGAGAGAGAGAGAGAGA